ACUCAUUUUUGCCUGAAAUCUUUUUUUUUGUGUUUCCAUAGAUGAAAGAGUUUGAUAUGUGAGCAUAUCUCUUGCUGUUUUUAUCUAAAAUCAACACAAAUUUUCUUUUGCAGGCCCGACUUCAUUGAAAUAGAUGGCUUCCAUACAUCUCUCGAGAAUUUUCAUGCAUCUCUAAAGUCAAGAGCGGAGAUUGACAAUGAGGUCAUGACCUUAUACCUGAAGACAUUCAACUAUGAUCAGUCAGUGAAGAAGAAGAAGCCAAAGAAAUUUGUUUUCUCAGUGUUGAUGAGUUUGAAACUCAGUGCUGAGCCAGAUGUGUUUGAUCCGAAGGUGUGCGAAAAAGAAUUUAAGAAUGCUUGCUUACAAAAUCACAUUUCAAAAUCUGACCUGCUAUUCUUCAUGGUUGUACACAAAAAGCACUGGGCAGUAGUAGUUGUUAACAUCACCCAAAAGGAGUUCAAUAUCUUUGACUCCAUUAGGAACUCGGAAGACCUUUUUGAGAUGGACAGGAUCAAUAAGAAUGUGGUAAUGCUCCUGUUGGAGUUUGGCGCAACAAAUCUUUUCCUUCUUUAUGCUUUUCCACACCGCACACUUAUGCAUUUUGUUUGUCCAUGUUUUAUCGGGUUUGAUCAGGUCGCAAACAUCAAGAGUGUUGCAAUGGGGGAGCCACUUUUUAAGCACAAUCUCGAGUCUUACUCGCUAUUCACCCCACUUGAUUACCCUCAACAAAAAACUUACUAUAACUGUGGCUACUAUAGUAUUUUAUACGUGGAGAAUUGGGAUGGCCUUGUUAUGCUGUCAUUUGGCGAGGAUUACAUCCCAAACCUUCGGAACGCAUUGCAGCAGAUCUGUUGAGACACCCAAGCAACAAGUUGGACCCCGCGCAUCACUGAAGCUGCUUCUUCAGCGUUAGAUGGGUGUUUUCGAGCUUCUGCAACAGGAGGAGUCAUGGCGGCGGUGGCCUAGUACUGCUGAGUGUAGUUGAGAGCAUGUUCUUGUAGCCAGCUCGAGUGUAGUUGAGAGCUUGUUCUCCUAGCCAGCUCAACUGAACUUUUUUCACAAUGCAACUCUGAAUGAAGCACAUGAAUGUUUCAGUGUGUGACUGUAUGCAAGGAUUUAUUUUUUGUGAAGCCUAUUCAAGAUUGUUUGUCAGCUUAUGCAAGGAUUAUUUGUUUUUUA